AUGGCUACAUCAAAUGUGGCGUCGUCAGUUGCUGGUAGUUCGGUGGCCAUGACUGCCAGUGCUGGUCUCGGUGCGUCUUCUGGAGUGAGUACGGCGACGUCUGGUGCUGUCCUUUCCGGUAUUGAAGUGAGUGGAGUGAUCGUGAGCUCUAUGGCUUCUGCAGUGACCUCAGUUGGUUUGGGUGGAUACACUGGUGAUCCAAGAAACGUAAAUCUUGGAUCGGCUGGAAGUGGAUCAGCGCCGAAGGGUGGAGUGAAUGUUGCU